ACAGCACUACAGCCUUUGGAAUGGGUCUCCAUUUUCAUCUAUUUAUCCUCCUUCUGCUCCUCCUCUUCGUCUGCGGUAGCUCUGCCGAGCAUGGCCGGGGUAGGCGCUACGACACCGGCAUACUGAGCCGUGGAGCAUUCCCGAAAGGUUAUGUCUUUGGGACAGCGGCGUCGGCGUACCAGGUGGAGGGCAUGGCUCGGAAGGACGGUCGUGGCCCCAGUAUCUGGGAUAAGUUUGUUCACAUCCCAGGGGAAAUCGCUAAUAAUGCUACUGCCGACGUUUCUGUCGACGAGUACCAUCGCUACAAGAGAGGACUUUGCAAAUUACGCAGAUUUCUGUUUCAAACAUUUGGAGAUAGAGUGAAGAAUUGGUUUACAUUUAAUGAGCCAAGGGUGGUAGCAGCUCUUGGAUAUGAUGAUGGUAAAUUCGCCCCUGGAAGAUGCACAAAUUGUUCUGCAGGAGGCAACUCUGCCACAGAACCAUAUAUUGUUGCCCAUCAUCUCAUACUGUCUCAUGCUGCCGCUGCUAAGAGAUACCGUGAGAAGUAUCAGGCUGAACAGAAAGGUAGAAUUGGAAUCCUUUUGGAUUUUGUUUGGUAUGAACCGCUGAGUGAUUCCAAAGCUGAUGAAGCAGCAGCUCAGAGAUCAAGGGACUUCCACUUGGGAUGGUUUCUUCACCCCAUCAUCUAUGGUGAAUACCCAAAAUCAAUGCAGAUGAUUGUAAAAGAGAGGCUUCCCAAGUUCUCACCAGAGGAAGUCAAGAUGGUGAAAGGCUCCACUGACUACGUGGGUAUCAACCAAUACACAGCUUACUAUAUGUAUGCUCCCCAAGUUCCUCUGCCUACCGCCGUUCGCUACCAGUUAGACUGGAAUGCUGGAUUUGCUUAUGAGCGCAAUGGUGUGCCAAUUGGACCAAGGGCACACUCUGAAUGGCUUUAUAUUGUUCCCUGGGGGAUGUACAAAGCUGUGACAUAUGUUAAGGAGCAUUAUGGCAACCCAACUGUGAUUUUAUCUGAAAAUGGAAUGGAUGAUCCAGGCAAUGUCACUCUCCGUGUAGGGUUGCAUGACACAACAAGACUGAACUACUAUAGAAGCUACAUUACCGAACUCAAGAAGGCAAUUGAUGAUGGGGCCAAUGUGAUUGGAUACUUUGCUUGGUCUUUGCUUGACAACUUUGAAUGGAAAUCUGGCUACACAUCACGUUUCGGUCUGGUGUACAUAGACUACAAGAACCUCCGGCGUUACCCAAAAAUGUCAGCUUACUGGUUCCGGCAAUGGCUUAACAAGAACUGAACCACUUCAGGAGCCACUAUGAAUUGCCUCUGUUUCUAUCCUCUUGUAGUUGUACUAGUUGGAUGGUUAGUGAGUUUUGCAUAACUGCAAACCUUGAUGAGCUUUAAAUUUGACUGUCUACUUCUACGGUUAAUAAAAGAGAGGAAACUUUCAAGUCUCAA